CAUAAACAGUGGAGAGAUUUGUGAAAUGUGAACUCUUUUGACGUCUUUCUCAUAUUUCGUCUCGGGACAAUUCACACGCACUGAAUCAUCUCUCUCACGAGGACUAUUCAGCCAUUUGCAAACGCACACACAAACGCACACGCGUUUAUUUUUUUUUCGCCAAAUCAAAUCUGAAGAGUUCCUGUAUCUUUUAACCGCUCUUCUUCUUCUUCAGAGAGCUUCGUUGAUUGAACGGAAAAAAUGGUGGUUCCUGGACGGAGAACCGUCUGGGAUUGUGUGAUUGAGCUGACAAAGAUGGCUCAAGAGAACUGUGUCGAUCCUCGUCUUUGGGCUUCUCAGUUAUCAUCGAAUUUGAAAUUCUUCGCCGUGGAGUUACCGUCGACGGAGCUUGCGGAGGUUAUUGUUUCGUACAUUUGUUGGGAUAAUAACGUUCCUAUUGUUUGGAAGUUUCUUGAAAGAGCUAUGGCUUUGAAGCUUGUUUCUCCUCUCGUUGUUCUUGCUCUUCUCGCUGACAGAGUUGUUCCAACCCGGUCUACGCAACAAGCAGCUUAUAGAAUUUACUUGGAGCUGCUCAAGAGAAAUAUGUUCACCAUUAAAGAUCAUAUUAGUGGACCUCACUACCAGAAGGUCAUGAUUUCAGUAUCCAAUAUUCUUCGUCUUUCAGAGUUAUUUGAUCUGGACACAAGCAAACCUGGUGUGCUUUUAGUAGAGUUUGUUUUUAAGAUGGUGUCACAAUUGCUAGAUGCAGCGUUAAGUGAUGAAGGUUUGCUAGAGCUAAGCCAAGACUCGAGCUCCCAGUGGCUAGUUAAGUCUCAAGAUAUGGAAAUUGAUGCUCCUGAGAGAUAUAAUGAAAAGACUGGAUCACUAGAGAAGUUACAGAGUUUGAAUACCAUCAUGGCUAUUGAGUUGAUAGCGGAAUUCCUCAGAAAUACAGUGAUUGCGAGAUUGCUAUACUUGGUAUCUUCCAACAGGGCUUCGAAGUGGCAUGAAUUUGUCCAGAAAGUGCAGCUUCUUGGAGAAAAUUCAUCGGCUUUAAAACACUCAAAGGUUCUAAAUUCUGGGGAUCUAUUACAAUUGAUUUCGAAUAGACGAUUUGGGUAUUCUUAUGAUAGCAAAGUAACUUCAGCACGGAAAUCCAAUGCAAUUGUGGAUUUUGGAUCUCUCUCUUCCUAUGCUGGCUUAUGCCAUGGAGCAAGUCUCUCUUCACUUUGGCUUCCUCUUGAUCUAGUAUUUGAAGAUGCAAUGGAUGGAUAUCAAGUAAACCCAACUAGUGCGAUUGAAAUCAUUACCGGUCUAGCUAAAACACUUAAAGAAAUUAAUGGGAGCACUUGGCAUGACACUUUCUUGGGGCUUUGGAUAGCAGCUCUCCGACUUGUUCAAAGGGAAAGGGAUCCUAUUGAGGGACCUAUUCCUCGACUGGACACAAGGCUGUGCAUGUCAUUAUGUAUUGUGCCUCUUGUGGUCGCAAACCUUAUUGAAGAGGGGAAAUACGAAUCUGUCAUGGAAAAGCUGCGAGAUGACCUUGUUACAAGUUUGCAGGUCCUCGGUGAUUUCCCUGGAUUGCUGGCUCCUCCCAAAUGCGUUGUUUCUGCUGCCAACAAGGCUGCCACAAAGGCAAUCUUGUUUUUGUCUGGUGGCAAUGUUGGAAAGUCAUGUUUUGAUGUCAUAAACAUGAAGGACAUGCCUGUCAACUGCUCUGGAAACAUGCGCCACCUGAUAGUCGAGGCUUGUAUUGCAAGAAACAUACUGGAUAUGUCGGCUUAUUCGUGGCCUGGCUAUGUUAAUGGCCGAAUCAACCAAAUACCUCAGAGUCUGCCGAAUGAAGUACCCUGCUGGUCAUCAUUUGUGAAAGGGGCUCCACUAAAUGCCGCAAUGGUGAAUACAUUAGUUUCAGUUCCUGCUUCAAGCUUAGCAGAGCUCGAGAAACUAUUUGAGGUUGCAGUCAAAGGAUCGGAUGACGAGAAGAUAUCUGCUGCUACAGUUCUUUGCGGGGCAUCUCUCACACGGGGUUGGAACAUACAGGAACACACUGUUGAAUAUCUUACAAGAUUACUAUCCCCACCCGUUCCAGCAGAUUAUUCCAGGGCUGAAAAUCAUUUGAUUGGUUAUGCCUGCAUGUUGAAUGUUGUUAUUGUUGGGAUAGGAUCUGUUGACAGCAUUCAAAUUUUCUCUUUACAUGGCAUGGUUCCGCAACUUGCUUGCUCACUAAUGCCAAUUUGUGAAGAGUUUGGAUCUUACACCCCGAGUGUAUCAUGGACUCUUCCUUCUGGAGAAGCAAUAUCAGCAUAUUCUGUUUUCUCAAAUGCAUUCACUCUUCUUUUAAAGCUAUGGAGAUUCAAUCAUCCUCCUAUUGAGCAUGGUGUGGGAGAUGUUCCCACAGUUGGCUCCCAACUCACUCCUGAACAUCUUCUUUCAGUGCGUAAUUCUUAUCUUGUUUCGUCGGAGAUCCUUGAUAGAGACCGAAACAGAAAGAGACUUUCAGAAGUUGCAAGGGCAGCAUCUUGCCAGCCCGUGUUUGUGGACUCGUUCCCCAAGCUGAAAGUCUGGUAUAGGCAGCACCAAAGAUGCAUAGCAGCCACAUUAUCUGGACUUACACAUGGAUCUCCCGUUCAUCAGACAGUUGAAGCACUUCUCAACAUGACGUUCGGAAAGGUCAGAGGCAGUCAGACUUUAAAUCCAGUAAAUUCGGGCACAAGCAGUUCAUCAGGAGCUGCAAGUGAAGAUAGCAAUAUUAGACCUGAGUUUCCUGCUUGGGAUAUCCUCAAAGCCGUUCCAUAUGUUGUCGAUGCUGCUUUAACCGCUUGUACUCAUGGAAGGCUUUCGCCUCGUCAGUUAGCUACAGGGCUGAAAGACUUAGCAGAUUUUCUCCCGGCAUCAUUAGCAACGAUAGUAAGCUAUUUCUCAGCUGAGGUGAGUAGAGGUGUUUGGAAGCCAGUAUUCAUGAACGGCGUGGAUUGGCCAAGUCCAGCUACAAAUCUAUCCACUGUUGAGGAAUAUAUAACGAAAAUUCUUGCAACAACAGGCGUCGAUAUCCCUAGCCUUGCUCCAGGAGGGAGUUCUCCGGCAACGCUUCCUUUACCUCUAGCCGCAUUUGUUAGUCUAACCAUUACUUACAAAAUUGACAAAGCCUCAGAGCGGUUUCUCAACCUGGCUGGCCCAGCUCUGGAGUGCUUGGCUGCAGGCUGCCCUUGGCCUUGCAUGCCCAUUGUAGCUUCAUUAUGGACCCAAAAGGCGAAACGUUGGUUUGACUUCCUUGUUUUCUCUGCCUCUCGCACCGUCUUCCUUCACAACCAAGACGCUGUGAUUCAGCUCCUCAGAAACUGCUUCAGUGCCACUCUGGGUUUGAAUGCUGCCCCCAUGUCAAAUGAUGGUGGCGUUGGAGCUCUUCUUGGCCAUGGAUUCGGCUCUCAUUUCUAUGGAGGGAUCUCUCCUGUAGCACCAGGGAUUCUUUAUCUCCGUAUGUAUCGUGCUCUCAGAGAUACUGUCUCCGUAUCGGAAGAGAUUCUCUCUCUGCUGAUACAUUCGGUGGAGGAUAUAGCCCAGAACAGGCUCUCAAAGGAGAAGCUGGAAAAGCUGAAGACAGUGAAGAACGGAUCAAGAUACGGCCAAAGUUCUCUAGCAACAGCAAUGACUCAAGUGAAGCUUGCUGCUUCGCUGAGUGCCUCGUUGGUAUGGCUAACCGGUGGCUUAGGUGUGGUCCACGUUCUCAUCAAAGAAACGAUCCCAUCUUGGUUUCUAUCAACUGACAAAUCAGACCGAGAACAAGGACCAUCGGAUCUAGUUGCAGAGCUAAGAGGUCAUGCCCUUGCCUACUUUGUGGUCCUAUGUGGAGCACUUACUUGGGGCGUGGAUUCAAGAUCAUCUGCAUCCAAACGCCGCCGCCAAGCAAUCUUGGGAAGCCACUUGGAGUUCAUCGCGAGUGCCUUAGAUGGGAAAAUAUCAGUGGGAUGUGAAACAGCAACUUGGCGAACAUAUAUUUCCGGUUUGGUGAGUCUAAUGGUGAGCUGUUUGCCGCUCUGGGUGACAGAGAUCGAUACAGAAGUGUUAAAGAGUCUAAGCAAUGGACUAAGAAAAUGGGGAAAAGACGAGCUAGCGAUUGUAUUACUCUCCUUGGGAGGUCUCAAAACAAUGGAUUACGCAGCUGAUUUCAUCAUUCAUUUGCGUUCAUAGCUUCUUAAAAAGUUUUGAUCUUCUCCAGAUUUCAGAUAGUUGUUUGAUAGAUGUUUUUCUUCUAGUGUUUGCUUCCUUGUUGUGACUUGUGUUCUCUAGCUCCAGUGUUGUGUGAUGAAAUCAAUCACGCAUAUGUAUAGAGAGAAACAGAAAAAAAA